AUGCUCCCGUUGGCCCUUCGUCAGAUCUGUCUGUGUGUGGUGUUUUUCGGGUGCAGCAGCCUGGGCACAAGUCUACCUUUUUACAGCUCUCAAGAGGGAAGUACAGAUGAGGAAGAAACCAGUUUCGUAAAUUCCUCUGUGUCUACCAGGAUCCUCUCUACUGAGCACCAAACCACACCAGAGGACCCAGCCCAAGCGGAAACAGACUUCCUAAAACAGCUUGUAAACUUUCUGGAGGAGAACAUGCUUCUGAUCCUGGUUGCAACCACGCUUCUUAUUCUGGUCUUCCUCAUUAUCUGUGGGGCAAUUUUCAUGAGCCACAGGCGUAAGGUCAAUGCGUACUACCCUUCCUCCUUUCCCUCCAACAUGUAUGUGGACCACCGGGACAAAACCGGUGGCGCUAAACUCUUUAAUGACGUGCAAGAAAAGGCUGCUCCCGAGCGGCAGAAGGAGCCAGUGGACUCUCACAAACAGCUCCAGGCCGACAUCAUGAGGGCUGCCAAGAGCCUCCGCACCCCCAAUAAAUCCACCGACGCCGCAGAGAGGAGCGAGCCCUGUAAGAAAGCGGCAGACUACAGUCCUGAGGACAGCUCCAUGCCAGAUGGCAGCAUCCUGAACCAGCAGUUACCAAGCGUCCCAGAGGAGAAGGAGCAGUGCGAGCUGUCCGACGGCGAGGCAGCUGAGGCGGUGGCGGGCGGUUCGGAGAAGGAUCUAGAGCAGCUGGCUCAAGAGGGGGACGAUUCCCAGGAGCCCUCACCUGGCAGGAGCCUCCGGCCCCCCUCUCUGCACAUUCACAAUGACUCUGCAACCCUCCAGCUCCUCGCAGGAGAGAAAACGGCCUUUUGA